AUGAGUAUUAUCAGAGAAAGAGAGUUUACAUUUAGUAAGUGUGACAAAACUACUUAAGACGCUUAAGAUUGCUUCCAAAAUAAAAACACAAACCUAUAAGAAAAAAUAAUAAUUCAUAAAAAUGUCAAUGAAGCGUGUGAAUUAGAACUAAAUAAUGAUUUUUUUAAUCAAAAAAUUAAAAUUAUUGAUGAAAUGUUAUAAAUGAGAUAACAAAAAAUAGGUUAAUUUUAAAACGAUCAAGCCCAAAUUUUAGAUCAAAAUAAAGAAUAUUUAAAUGCAACUACUAAGAAAGUAUAAAUAGAAUAUAGAAAUCCCGAUUUUGAUAAAACUGUUAACUUAAAAUAAGCAUUAAGUAGCUAGGAAAAAUUUAACUAAAAAUACUUUAAAAGUAAAUCUCCUCUUAGAUUUGAUAAUGAUAGAUCUAAAUAAAUAAAAAGCGAUGUGACAGAAAAUAAAAGUAGAAUUUCUAAAUCUUAAGAUAUAAAUAUUAGGUCCAUCAAAGAUAGCAUGGAAAAUAUAUUAAAUUUCGAAGACAAACAAGAAUACACAUCAUUUUUAAAAUAUUUUGGAUAAAUAGAUAGGUGGAUCAAACCAAAAUUAGAAAAAUUGUAAUAGUUAAGAUGGGAAAUUGAGUAAAUUUAUAGUUAUGUCUUUAAGAAAAAGAUAAAAAUGAAUAGCAUAAAUAAUGUUCUCAAAGAUAAUUAAGAAUUUUCUUGUUAUGUAAAUGAAUUUUUAAAAUACUUCAAUGAAACAAGAACACUAGUUUCUAUUAAAGAUUAUCAUUAAAAAGCACUUAAUCUUCUUUAUUCAGUAUAAUUCUACAGAUAAUAAUACGAAGACAUUAAAAUAUUUUCAGGGUUUCUUGCUGAAAGCUAUUCUAAAUAAGAUUUGGUCUAUUUUUUACAAUUUAGAUGCAUUAUAGAAUAUGUGGCAGGAAAAUUUAUUGUUGAUGACUCUUAGUUUGCUAAAAAAUAUCAAGAAUUUGAAAUUAAUAUUGGAAUUAGUAAAACAAAAGAAUGUAUCAAAAUGAUAUUCGGAAAUAGACUUAAUGAAAGAUAAUAACAUUUAUAUGAAAACUUGCUCUUGAAAGUAAAGCAGUUUAUUUAAAACAAAUAAAUUUAAAAUAUGGGAGCUAAUUAAAGCAUUAACCAUAUAGAGCUUUUGAGUAUUAUCUUUUAAUCUUAUUUAAAAGAUAAGUAACUAAUGACACAAUAGAGCUAUGAUUCUACCCCAAACUCGAAAAAUGGUCUUUUUUAAAUAAACUAAUCUUUUACUUAAAUGACUGUCGAGUUUUAAUAAAAUUCAAAUGCAAGUAAAUAAAAAAUUGACAUUACUUAAAAUAAACUUAAAUAAGAAGAGUAAAAUUAUUUAAUAAAUGAUGAAAAUUAAAAGAAAUAAAAUUUUGGUUUUAGAUAAAAUGAGUUUGAGUAAAUCAAAUAUGAUUAGCUGUUUAAUUGGGAUUUCGAUUCAAACAAGCUUAAAAAUAUGUACAGUGGAUUUAAUAAUAUACAAAAAUAAUUGUUUGAUUAAAGCAUUUCAAUAUUUUAAGAAAUUGCUCAGCUUAUUAAAAUAAAAGUGGAUCAAAGUUAAUUAAAGCUCAAUUAAAUUGUAUUUGCUAUUGCAAAAAUAAUUUUAUUUUUAGAGUGCAAUGCUUCUUCAGAAAAGGAAUUUGUUUCAUAAGAUUUUGAGUAGAUUUGUCAAAAGUAUGAGUUUUUAAAGAAUAACUAAAGCAAAGAUUUUUAAAACUUAACAAAUGAUGAAGAAAACUAAUUAGUAAAUCAAAUCAUUAGGUCUAUUUUUAGAUAAAAGGAAUUGGCACAAAAGAUAGUUGCAUUAGAGGAAAAGAACAAUUGA